GGGAGGACUACAGGGCUGGCCGCGUUGGCUAUCGUUGGCCCGGUCGACGCACUGCGCCGCCACCUCUUGGAGUGCGUCAGAAGCGCAGUGUACGGGUAGCACUGGCUGUUGAGUUCUGCUGUCUUCCCGUCAAAGUGAAAGCACGUGCUUCUACAUCCCCAAAUUUCCUAAUGCCAGAAUCCCUUAGCUGACGCCGACUUUGCCGAAAUAAGCCGGCCACAAAUGUAUUCAGUGGAGAUGAACAACUUCAUCGACUGUAGGAAUAUGGAGCAAGUAUAUUUUGACCUCCUCUCAGGACCCCUUCUAGAAGAUGAUGAUAAGGAUUUGCUUGACCCGGACUUGCCAUUUGAACUCCCCGACCCGUCUGUUGUUUUCGAAUCAGAAGUGGCGUGCUGGGUGCAGCAGAGUCCCAUUUGGGGCAAAAAUGUUCCUGAUAUAAAAAAUUCAGUAGAAGAGGAGGUUGAAGGGGAUAUAAACUGGGUGAGUGAAGUACCUGGCUGGAUCAAAGAGGUGCCAAAGAUAGAGUCUUCAGAGGAAGAUGAGGUGGAUGUUGUUUCUGUUGACGACGACAGCAAGUCUUUUCAAAGGAUAGAGGAGCCCAGCACACCUACCAAGGCGGACACUCAGCCUUUGCCAGACAAGAGCCCAAAGAAUGCAGCUGAAGGAGCACCUGUUGUUUCCAGUUCUUUGCUUGACCGUAUGAAAGCAGCGUCUGCAAAAAAGCGCAGCCCAAUCUUGAUUCAGCCUCCUGAACGAGGUCGUCCAUCAAAGAAUGACGCAGCAACCAACACAGCGCCAUGUCCUGCUGCCACCCCUGACCAUGACUACUGCACAGCAGCCAAGGGUGGUUCCAGGGCUGAAAACCACUUGGGAAAACGUGAUCAUGCUGUGGUGAGACCUGUGUCCAGAUCACCAUCUGUAACCAGGAGCUACCGCCCACAAAAGCGCAGCGUGUCAAGGCGGCGUUCGCGAUCACCUAGGCGGCGGCGGCGGUCUCGCUCCAGCUCUCCGUCUUCUGGAAGUUCUUCAUAUGGAUCCUCUGAUGACUCAGUGCGAAGACGGUCUAGGUCAUCUCAGCGUUCUCGUGACUGCCAUAGUUCAUGGCGGCCACAGCAUCGCCAAAAGGAGCCACGGAGGUUUAUGCCUUCUCCACCACGUCGACGAAUUCCAGAUCAGAAGGAAGAAAGACGUGUGAUUUAUGUUGGAAACAUCCCCGAAGGGACAACUCGGCUUGCUCUGCGUGAAAGAUUUGCUCGUUUUGGUCACAUAGAGGAAGUCAGUGUGCACUUCCGGGAUCACGGGGAUAACUACGGGUUCGUAACAUUUCUACGGGGCUCUGAUGCGUAUGAGGCUGUCGAACAUGGCAAUGAUGAUCCCAAGCUUCCGCGCUUCGAGCUCUGCUUUGGUGGACGCCGACAGUUCUGUCGAACCAACUGGGCUGAUCUAGACUCUCAGUACGAGAGGUAUUACUACAUCCAGCGAGAGACCCAUGUUAACAACCUUGACUUCGACAGCUUGCUGCAAGCAGCAAAGUCGAAAAUGCAAGGCUCCCAACACUACUGACAUCUGUGGACCUUAUGGUGUUUUCCUUUUAAUGGCGCCACACCCUUAGAGGGUUGGCUUGUGCCUGGACUGCUAUUAACUUAUUCUUCUGAUGAUGUGAGGUGCUAUAUAGGAAUCAUAUUUAAUGUGUACAGAAUCCUAAGUGGGCUAGGAGAGUGUAAAUACAUGCAGGGUUCCCUUUUAAUCAUUUAUGACCUUCAUGGAUUGAAUCGUCUUAAAAACGAGUGUCGGGCGUGGAAGUGUUUUUAUGGCCUGGCAAUUGUUACUAUUUCUCUUUGUUAUUUCAUGCAACACGUGUUUCCUUUUUGCUUAGUGUUGCAGUACUUUUGUGGCCAUCGUUAAGAGAUUGGAGCAUUAUAUUUUAUAACAUGUGCCAAGCGCAAUGUUGUUGCUUACUUUUGUUUAUUGUUUCGCCAUGCAAACAUGGAACAUAUUAUUUACCUUUGCAAUGUUGGGGCAGGGAUGAGUGAGCAGUUCUUGUACAUAUCCAUGUAUUAUAAUGCAAAUAGCUGAUGUAUGUUGAAAUUUCUUUUAGCGUAGCAUAUCAUUUUAAUUUAGCUAGUAACUAAUAGUUUUCAUUGAACAUUUAUGUAGUCCUCCGCAUGUUCCUUCAUGUUCAACAUGAGCUGUUUUGGUGGGACUUAUUAACCAACUGUUCAGCAUGUGCUGUUAAGGGGCAGCUCUGGUAAUUUCUUUGGUCUACAAAAAAUUAUUUCUGCAUUCUUAUGUGAAUUGAGCUAUCCUCACAUGUGAAACAAAACCAACCUGGGGACCCGUUGGUCUCGGGUUUAAUCCACUGGACCAGGGCAAACUUCUCUUCACCUGCCAAGCGUUCUGAGAAACCUGCAUGGGUUUCAUUUGUAGCUUCGUGCUACUGUCCGGUUGAAGACAAUUUUCACUUCUUAACUCUCAUGUGUGACAAAAGGUCUUUCUUUACACAAUUAAAAAUUACCGGAGUUGCCCUUUAAUACUUUCAAGUUUUAGUUUAGCCUUAGCUUCAACCAGUGUGUUUGAGAUGUGAAAGGUACACCUGGCUGUAUUAGCUUAUGAAACACCUUGCUAGUUGGGUUGCUGUGUGCAUUGUUAGCACUUUGUGCCAUUCUUGUCUGGUUUGCUUUGGCAACUGCUUAUGCUGUCUAGGUUUGUUAAAGUCAAUUCGCAACAUAUGUUAUAGUCAGUGUUUAAGCAAUAAAAUACUUUAUAUACCUCA